AUGCGAGCGCCGUCUGCCAGGACGGUGCAAUGGCUGCUUCUCAGCGACCUCCACUUCAAGCAUCAUGACUUGGAUCGGGUGCGGCGGACAGCGCAGUGGAUCGUUGCGGAGGCGGAGCGAAAUCAGGUCAGGCGGGCGGUGGUGUGCGGCGACCUGCUGACGAGCCGCACGAUGCAGCCGACGCAUGUGCUGUCUGCGUGUUACCGCUUCAUUAGUCUCCUCAGCGACAUCGUGCCGCGAGUUCAUAUCGUGCUCGGCAACCAUGACCUCGCCUUCCGUCGCGACUACCAGACUACAGCCCUUGACGCCGUCAAUAUCAAACGCCUGGCCCCGUACGUAUUGCUGCAUAGCGUCGUCGCUCACCACGAAUGGGACGGCCGACGCGUCUUACUGCUGCCGUUUCGCGAGGAGCAGAACGAGCUGACGGAGGCCGUGGCUGCUCUAGGCCCCAACGAGGCGAGCAGGACGGUUGCCUUUGCCCAUCUCGCAAUCAACAAGGCUAUCACGCAGCGGCAUGUAGUCGGUGCCGGCGUCGACAAUCCUCGCGCGGCGACCUCUAUUACGCACCGCGGCUUGACGGGCCCGAAUCGGUUUGCCUCUCUGGCCCGAACGUUCACGGGGCAUUUCCACAGCCACCAGACCAUCACCCAGGAACAAUCCGGCAGCAACAAGGUCAAUUUACAAGGGAGCAUCACAUACCUAGGCUCGCCCUUGCAGCUAAACUGGGCCGACCUCUACGACGAGCAGCGGGGCGUCGUUUUGUUCGAUCCAGAGACACUCGAGCACGAACUACUCAUCAACCCGCAUGCCGUCGGCUACAUAACAGCUGACCUACAGCAAGUUCUCAGCGGCCAGGUCGACGAGGGUGCCGUGACAGACAAGCAUGUCAUGCUCAUCGGCAAGCUUACCCAUCUCAAGUAUGUCACGGCUCGUGACAAGCUUCUCUCGCUGGGCGUGCGGAGCGUGCGGAGUUGGACUCCUAUGGGUCUUGCUUUGCACGCCGACCGAUCUUCAUCCGGUGGUCUCGGCGCGUCGGUGCCGGCGAGCGAUGCCGCUGUCCAGCCCUUAGAGGAUCCCACCAGGGAUGAGGCGGAUCUAGCCAUAACCACCGACGGUGUUUCGGGCUCUGACCCUGGCUCCGAACCUCGGGCCGAGAGACUCGACCUCGCCGUGGAGGCUCGUGAAUAUGUCGAGUCGCUGGAUCUAGACGAGUCUCUUCUCUUGCGACGGGACGAGUUGGUGCGGGUUGGCCAACGCAUGAUCCAAGUCUCCCGCGAGAUCGCUGACCAGGAUAGUGAGAACAAGGUUAACUACCAAGACUUCCUCGAUAGGUCAUCUCAAGUUGUCGGCACAAGAACCGCCACUGAGCUGGCAGGGCCCUCUACCCACGUCUUCGUCGCCGAGCCGCGCACGCUUACAAUCACCAACUUCCUCGGCGUACAGAACACCAUCAACAUUGACUUCCGACAAGACCUCCCGCGCGGAUUGACCUUCCUGGUCGGCGACAAUGGCUCCGGUAAGAGCACGCUCGUCGAGGCCAUGGCGUGGUGUCAGUUCGGGCGAUGCAUUCGCGGCGGGCUAGCGGCCAACGACGUCGUCAACGACAAUGUAGGCAAGAACUGCUCCGUCAAGCUGGAAUUCGCCAACGGAUACGCCAUUGCACGGUAUCGCAAGCACAAGAUCCACAGAAACCGCGUCGUCAUCUCACUAUAUGGCGAGCCGCAGCCGCAGCUCGAGCACCCAGACGCGCGCACAACGCAGGUGGCCAUCAACGAGCUGCUUGGCACCGACUACGAGACAUACGUCAGGACGGUCGUGCUAAGCCACGAGAGUGCAGCGAGCUUUCUGAACUCGACGCCAGCGCAGCGGCGCGACCUGAUCGAGACAUCGCUUGGGCUGUCGAUGUUAGAUCAGUGCGAGCAGGUGUCGAGGCUACUGCUCAAGGACAUCGACGCCGACGUGAACAAGGUGGAGGGCAAGCUAGAAGGUUUGAUCCGGACGAUAGAAUACAAUGAACUACGGCUCGAAGAUCUGGACCGGACACAGAAACGACUCGAAGAUGAGGCGGAGGAGGCUGUCGCAUCUUUAGAGUCAGCCAUUCAACACCAUGCAAGCAAAGGAACCCAGGCCCCCGAGCUCAACAUGGACUUUCGCAUUCAGAUUUUGGCGCUGCAGAAUCAAAUCCACACCGAGCAAGAGAAUUUACAACGGCUAAAGGGCUCUUAUGCCCAGAUGCAGGAACAGAAGCAUGCCGAGUCGACAUCAUGGCAAGGCUGGCUACAGCAGCAACUCAGUCAAAGACUCGAGGCCAUUACCGCGGCUCACCCCAUAGGCCUGCGCAAACUCUUUAACGCCAUAGAGACCUCCAUUCUCCGCGUCCUUCUGGUGACCUUUAGGGGCCUCUUGCGCACAUUCGGGACUCCAAAGGACCGCCCUCGGGGAACAACCAGCACCCAAAACCAUGAUCAGGAAGCGGCCAUUAACAGUCUCCGUCGAGACAUCAAGACAAGCACGUCGCGGUUGCAGAGCCUAAAUCACGAGGAAAAGCUGAGUACUAACCACGCCAUCAUGAUUAGCGAGCAGCUUGCGCAGGUCAUCCGGGCUCAAAAGGCAUGCGAAGCCUUGCAGCAACAGGCCACGAUCAAGCAACGCGACGCAGCCACAUACAAGUGCCUGGCUGAAACCGAGCAGUCAUCUCUGCACUCCCUACGCUCGGAAUACGACGCGCUGGCCAUCAAGCUGCAAGAGCUUGCCGCUAAUCGCGAGCUCUUCGUCUUUUGGUCCUCCGCCCUGGCAAAGCGCACCUGCCGCGCCUCUUCGUCUUCCUCGCCCAGCUCCACGACGAAGGCAACGGCCAACUUCCGCGAGCACAUCCUCGUGAAGUCAUUAUCGGAGCUCAACGCACUCCUCGCGCAGGUCCUUACGGUGCUGUACCAUGACACGCGCCACGCGCACAUGGCAACGGGGAUGCUGCGUUCACUGUUCGACUCUGAGUCCGCCGACGAUAUGAUCGAUACAUCCCUCUCGGGAUCCGUUCUCGGUCCCACCCUUGCUAUUCACCCCUCGCUCGCCUAUAGCAAGCGCUCAAGUGGCGAGCGCAAGCGCGUCGACCUAGCGCUCUUCUUCGCACUGUUGCAGCUAGCGCGGGCUAGAAGUGCACACCGCGCGCACUACGUGCUCGUUGACGAGGUGUUUGACAACCUGGACAAGGCGGGCCAGGCGGCUGUAAUCAGGUGGUGCGGCGUCAUAUCGCAGACGGUGGUCGGCUGGAUCGUGGUGAUCACGCACAGUCAAUCCUUGGUCGAACGAGAUCCGGGGGAAGACGCGAGCAAGGCCUUGGUUGUGGGGGCAAGGAUGGGGCAGGGAGGCACGGAGCUAUUUGCCAACGGACAUAGGAUUGGUGGAGAAUAA